AUGGCUGCAAUUAGAAAAAAGUUGGUUAUUGUUGGUGAUGGAGCUUGUGGUAAGACAUGCUUGCUCAUUGUCUUCAGCAAAGACCAGUUCCCUGACGUGUAUGUACCCACUGUCUUCGAAAACUAUGUUGCUGAUAUCGAAGUCGAUGGUAAGCAGGUUGAAUUAGCUCUAUGGGAUACUGCUGGACAGGAAGAUUACGAUCGCUUGCGACCACUUUCAUAUCCAGAUACUGAUGUUAUUCUCAUGUGCUUCAGCAUUGACUCACCAGAUUCGCUUGAGAAUAUUCCAGAGAAAUGGACUCCAGAGGUUCGGCAUUUCUGUCCCAAUGUACCAAUAAUUCUUGUUGGAAACAAAAAGGAUUUAAGAAAUGAUCCUCAAACUGUUAGGGAACUUGCUAAAAUGAAACAGGAACCAGUAAAGCCCGAACAAGGACGAGCUAUCGCAGAACAAAUUGGAGCAUUCGCAUAUUUGGAAUGUUCUGCCAAGACCAAGGACGGAAUUCGCGAGGUAUUCGAGAAAGCUACUCAAGCAGCUCUUCAACAAAAGAAGAAGAAAAAGAGCAAGUGCACACUUCUAUAG